AACAAGGGGAAAGCCAUUAUCAAACAAUUGCUCUACAAAGACGUGGCUUCUCCGUUUCCCCGUGUACGUCAGUCCGGGCAUAGUCGUGUCACGAUCGAAAUCCGCGGGAUCUCGUGUCGUCCACGGUUCAACUAAUCCUUCCAUGUUGAAACUUUCGAAUCCGUAGACGGCGGAAAGGAAAAGGUGACCGAUUAAACCGGCCUUGGGCGUUGGAUUACGCGAGUCUCGUCGAUUGACCGUGAUUAGAGGUAUCGGCUCGCGUUCCAACCACCUCGGACGAACGAAGCCCGAACGAAACCCGAACCAAGACACGAACGAAGACCAAACCUAGAAGAGGAGAAAAAAGAAAAACAAACCGAACGAAACGAAAUUUCCGUGUAUCCCCGCGAAUGGUACGACGCGUUCCACGGUUAAGAAAUAAACAAUCGAAAUUCUUAGAACCUUUUCGCGUGGAAGCAUCGGAAGUCGACGGCUGAGGUAAACAGAGCGGUCGUAGAAUCGAAAUUUCGCGAAGAGAAGCGAGCGGGGGACAGUGACGCGUCGCGAGCGUAAUCGUUUCCGCGCGGCGGCCAGUGAAUGACGCGAGUGGGACCUGAUAAGGCAGCAAAGGGGGUGUGCGAGCGAACGGCGAUGACGAGUAUCGAAUUGUCAGGGCGUCGCGAUAAAGAGUUGGCCACGAUAAUAGAAGCCGGCCGGAGAUCGUCGCGUGGCUAAGCAGACACUGGUUAGGCGGUAUGUCGCGGAAGUAGGUUUUCUUUCUUCCGGCUGCUGCUGGAGAAGAGACGAACAAGUGGCACCGAAGAGGACGAUGAUGUCUAGACAAAGCAAAGACCCCGUGCAGAAGUGCCACUCGGACCCGGGUGCUGCGAGUACCGGCGGUACUCCUUGCAGCCCUGGUAAGCGAAUUUCUCGCAGACUGGUGCCAGGCAUUCCGAGCUCCUCCAACACGCGCAAGUGUGUUCUCACCUUGGACGGGUAUAGCUAUGUGAUCGUUGCAUCUCCGCCGGAUCGAAGAGUCACGAGAGAUGAUAUUGCAGUGUCCUCACCCGGUGCAUCUCCGAACGUUAAUGCAACUACGAGCUGCACUGGUACAACAUCUUCUCGAUUGCACAAUCCUUCCUCGCCUGGCAGAAAUGGCCAACUAUCGAAAGGCACAUUAACGAUAGUACGCCGAAGUUCUGGCAAGAAUAAGAGUAUCGGCGGAAGUUUCGAAAGUUCUCCGCCACCGCACAGUCCUGACACUCUUUCGUCAAGCCAGUCCGUGGAUCUCGAUGAGAUCCUUGAUAAUGUCGAUCUAACGACGGACUCGCUUCCUGCCGUUGACACCCCCGACGCUUGCGACAAGGCUGCCCUCAGACUAAGGUGCUUACUGAGACAGCUCCAACAUGGCGAAAUAUCCGCAGAAUUACUCCAACGAAAUUUGCACUAUGCGGCUCGCGUGCUCGAAGCUGUCUUCCUCGAUGAAACCAAGGUGAAUUCAGGAGGGGUUGAGUGCUCUCGGUCAUCGCGUAGGGGUGCGGGCCUGUCAUCUGCAUCCCUGGGGAGCGGCUUGGACUCGGACGGACAACAGGGCCACGCGGUGGUAACCCAGAAACGGAAGCUUCGCACCCCCGUAUGGGCAAGGCGGCUGGCGGACGAGGACGACGAACUGUCGGAGGUACAGCCGGACGCGGUGCCGCCGGAAGUCCGCGAGUGGCUGGCUUCGACCUUCACGAGACAGCUCGCGACCACGAGACGGAAGGCCGACGAGAAGCCAAAGUUCCGCUCGGUCGCGCACGCCAUCAGGGCGGGGAUCUUCGUCGAUCGGAUUUACAGGCGGGUCACCAACACCGCGCUCAUGCAGUUCCCGCAGGAAGUGGUUAAAGUGCUCAAGACCUUGGACGACUGGUCAUUCGACGUGUUUUCACUGAGCGAAGCAGCGAUGGGAGCCCCGGUGAAGUAUCUCGGCUACGAUCUACUGAAUCGAUACGGCAUGAUCCAUAAAUUCAAAGUCCCCGCUACUGUACUCGAGUGCUUCUUGGGAAGAGUCGAGGAGGGCUACUGCAGGCAUCGAAAUCCGUACCACAACAAUCUUCACGCAGCUGAUGUCGCACAGACUAUGCACUACAUUUUAUGUCAAACAGGACUCAUGAAUUGGCUGACCGACCUGGAGAUUUUCGCCACGCUGGUUGCGGCGAUUAUUCACGACUACGAGCACACUGGGACCACAAACAAUUUCCACGUAAUGUCCGGCAGUGAUACAGCCCUCCUCUACAACGAUCGGGCCGUUUUGGAAAAUCACCACAUCUCCGCGAGCUUCCGAAUAUUGAGGGAGGAUGAGUGCAACAUAUUACAAAAUCUAUCGAGAGAGGAAUUUCGAGAGUUUCGUUCGCUGGUGAUCGACAUGGUGCUUGCGACUGAUAUGAGCUUUCAUUUCCAACAAUUGAAGAACAUGAAAAACAUUCUUAGCCUGGCGGAGCCUAGCGUCGACAAAAGCAAGGCUGUCAGUCUUGUUCUCCAUUGUUGCGACAUCUCGCAUCCGGCCAAAAGAUGGGAUCUUCAUCACAGAUGGACCAUGCAGCUGCUGGAGGAGUUCUUCCGGCAGGGGGAUAAGGAAAAGGCUCUUGGAUUGCCGUUUUCUCCGCUCUGCGACCGUAACAAUACCCUGGUGGCUGAAUCGCAAAUAGGAUUCAUCGAGUUUAUCGUCGAGCCCAGCAUGCAGGUGUGCAGCGACAUGUUGGAGACGGUUCUCACUCCGUUGAACGUAAAGGAGAGUGUGGACGAAUCGAACAACGGAUCUGGUGGCGAAAGCAGAAGGUUCAAGAUCGGUAAACCUUGGAUUCCCUGUCUCGCGGAGAACAAGAGAAUUUGGAAGGAACAAGCCGUUAGAGACGCAGAGGCGAGGGCGCAGAAGGAACAGGAGCAAAAGGCGAGCAGCGACAGCCGCGAAGACGGCGACACGGCGCAGCCAGCAUCCGAGGAAUGAAAAAUCUGGCGAGCCGUUGUAUUUUUCAAGAGUAUAUGUAAUUUUAGGCUACGAAGAAGAUCGUGAUUCCACACUGAAGAAUGUAAUCAGAAGCGAUCCCUCUCUACGAUCGAGGGAGCGCGCGAGAAAAUCAGAUGUACGAUUAAGAAUACUCCCACUGACUAUUUAUACCGUUUGUUUACCACGCUAUAUUCCACCGAUCUAUAUUACGGCCAUCACGCCACCUUCUUGUCGCUCGACCAAAAUUAUCGAUGUCCCUUCGCGACUGUUAUCCCUCGUCUUCAUUUUUCUCGAUCGACGCAGCCUCUCUGCAUUACCGACACGCGACGCCAUUCAAGUAUUCCUAUUCUCGGCACCAUCGCGGUCGCAAUAUCUUUGCGAUUUGUACAUACAAAAGCUUCACGAGAUCUUCCUUACGCUACCCUACGCAGGUCGCAGAGAUUUUCGUAGUCCCUCAGCUUAGGAACUGACGCCUUAACUACGCUGAUAGAUCUAGUUACUAGAUACAAAUUCGAGUCAAGCGAUAUUUUAUUUCGGAAAAAUGUCUCGACCGAAGAUUCGAAUUUUUCCCGCGUGUAUCGUUUACCGUGUCUUCGUUAGUUAUUUGGACCAGAGUCUAUGUAUUUGGAAAAUGUUUAAUGCGAUCUGUCGGAAAAUAUAUUGGAAGAUAGGUCUCGAUAAUUUGAGUUUCGUUCGUAAGUUGAGUUUUCGAUCGAUGAGAGGUCUGUAUGACUAAAUGUGGGUCAUAGUUGAAUUACAAAAUGGUAUGACUUAUAUAUUCUUCGCACAAUUUACAUACUAUUCGAGGAUCGUGAGCUGUCGCUGAGUCACAUCAGCUUUGAACAAUCGAUAGUCGAUUUCUAUUCCGUCACCGAGCAAACGAUUUAUGCCCCUCUUGAUCGAAGAUAAAACGUGCCCACGCAUCAGAAGCAUUAUGUCAACGUAAUGAGACGUAAGUUGGAUUCGAGUCUUCUCGUUAUGCAAAUUUCCCUUUCAUUAUCGACUUUACACGUAGCAUCGCGAGGAACGACUAUUCGCACUGUUCUCUAGGAUAAAAAUACAGAUGGUCCUUAAACGAAGCAGAUAUUAAAAAUAUCUGAUUAUUUUAUUUUCCAAGGUUCCAUCGAUACAGUCGGUAGUCGAGUACAAGGUAUAAAAUUAAAGGUACCAAGAAUACGCACCUCGGUAUGACUCUGUAAUUAACGCGGAAAAAUUGACAACAGUGUACCGUAAGAAAAGGAAUCUUCGGAAGAGAAAGACAAAGAGGAAAAGAAGCGGUCGUUAAGGCGUUACUUCCUCGGCUUAUUUUACAAGUAAAUAUUACUAUGAAAACGUAGAAAUAGUUGGUCGAGUUUCCAUCGUAAGCGUAGCCUAAAGUUACCAGCCGCGAUAGGCGGCAGAAAUCGAGCACACGUUGAUACACAGGCAUACACACACAUACAGACACGCGUACACAGACACACGUGUAGACGAGGAAAGGAUAAAUCGUAAACGUACUUAGAGCACAAUUAUCCGUUCGCGAUGAAGUGCUAGCGAGUGUGAAAGGACGCUAACAUUGAUACGUCGACGGGAUUUCCAUAGCGUUCUGCCAUUGGGACGCUGUCUUUGUCCGUACCUGUUUUUUCUUACAAUUAGUGUGUAACUAAGAGCAUACGUUUUCUCAUAGGAACGAAGACUUUCAUCUUUGAGGAAAGACGGAAGGUAUAAUAUCGAAUUCGAUCGUUUAACGAGCCACACGAAAUAACGAUUACUCGUCAUCCUCGUUUCCCCUCGAAAUUUAUAGUUUCUCGCAUUUUUUAAGGACGAUCAAUUUUAUCCGAACUCCGAUUCGAUCCGUUGCUUAUAAAUAAUUCUACGUUUAUACGCAACACGAGGUAAACGUUGUUUGCCUUAUUCUCAUUUUUUUACAGAACCCUCGAAAUUUCUAAUUUCUUAUAUCUUAAAGAAAAGAAGAAAAAUGAAAAAAAUAAUACCAACUACUAUAAGUACACUCGAACUCUCACUCAAAUACAAAACGGGGUACGUCUGUAAGCGCGAAUGUUUUGCGUACAAUAUCAGGGUAUCCUAGAAAUAUUACGUAACCAUCAUCCUUUCCGAUUAUUCUAAAUCGCCUAUACAUAUACGAGAUGAUGCAAAAAGAUAGUACUAAUACGAUAUUCAUAUAAUAUCGUUACGAUACCGAUAUUAAUAUAAGCUUCAGAGCCUUUUCACGCUGAUCACGAUGAGAUAUAUAUAUUUCUUAAUGAUAUACAAUUUUGAAAUACGUAAUAUUUUCAAAGACACCCUAAUACUUGCAACAAGACAUUUUAUCUCGAAUUAUAGUCGUGGAGAAUCGGUGAAAUUGUUAGCACGAAGCCCGCAGAAUCGAUAGACGCAGCUGGCUAUUCGCACAAGUGUCGAAUUCGUGGCGAAGUUUCCUCGAGGGGAAUGCAACGUUCCUCUGGACGAAACGUCGCGAAGUUGAAAGUCUUCGCGCUGCGUCAAGCCCCAUUUUCAACGCGCUCGCGCAACAUGGCGCGGAUUUCCGCCACGAGGCAAGCUUACACUCGCUUUCUCGAAGAUUCGACCGGCUGAUUGGCACGAAAGAAGGCCAAAAGUUGCUUCUUUCUCGAGCAGAUUCGAUCCCCCCGAUCCGCUCUGCACGAUUCUUCAGGAGACUACAAAUACGCUUCGAAGUUUUGGAAACUCGGUUUCAGACUCGCGGUUUAAAGAUAGCUGUUUUUCUUCCAUUCUUCCAAUACCUCCCUCUCUAUCUCUCGACCACUUUUCUCAGUUAUAUAUUCUUUUAACGAAUAAGUCCCGAUACACUGUUAAGCGAAUUUGAAAACGCGCCAAAAGGAUCGCCUUUAUCGAAUAAGCCGCUUUAAAAAGCUUACUCGCGCCCUCCGAUCAUCCCUUCGAUCUCCAAUUCUUAAUCACGCUAUUUAUAACAGCGCGAGAAAUUUUAUUCGAACAGAAAUUCAGAGAAAUAACGAAAUUCGCAGAAAAUAAAUCGCUUCGAACUUGUAACAACUUGCAGCAAUCUUAAAUCGUAAUAAAUCAAAGGAUGCGAACGAAAGCUCUUAUCUCGACGAAUCGAAUCGAACUUUCAGAGGAUAUGGGAAAAUGGAAGGGAAAUGGACGAUCGGACGAAUGUAACGAAGAAAAAGGGAGAGUGGAAUCGGGAAGGAUCGGAUGCAACCAUAGCUGUCUGGGUUAGGUCUGUAGGGGUGUAAACGUCGUUGUACAUACUUACAUUAGAUGUGUAUUCGUAUACACGUAAAGGUGCAGCUUUAAUGUAUGUAAAUGUAAUGUAAAAGAGAUAUCACUAGCGUUUACUUAACGUGUGCUACGUUUCGUGUACAUGUACAUACAUACAUAAACGGAAGGGGACGGAAUAGGUGUAUUAUCCGUGGAUUUGAAGCGAGAGACGUCGCGAGAUGGAAAUUACGCGUCCAGUUUGAACGUUCGAUCGAACAUAUCGGGGAAUCGCGUGGUUUUAUCCGGUUAAUCUCGAUAGAUCGGACGUUGAGAGGGAAGCCUGAAGGAUAAUGGCGGAUCCUUCGGAGUCGUGGCUCAUAGCGUUCGUCGAGAGGUGCGUCUCGUAACGUGGCAAGGUUUUAAGAAGCGGAGGAACAUUCGGCGCGCGUACGUUUCUAAGGGAUAUAGAGGGUAAAGUAUAAGAUAAAGUCUCUAGCUCGAAGGUUAAACAUAUCCGUCCUGUAUUUAUUUUAUUUCUCUCCUUCGUGUACGUGUCGCGUCUUCAUCGACUCGCGAUUCAGACACCAUGGCUGAGGAAUCGCGUUCGAUCGAACGGAACUCGGGCAAAUAUAGAUGGAAUAACUUCGAAUAGAUUAUAUCGAAGAAAUAUGGCGGGGAAACUUUGAUUUCCGAGAACAUUCGUAAUUGUCACUUGAAAAUUAUCGCGUUACCUUUACCGGUUACAAUUGAUCUCGAAAUCGACCUAAGACUAAAUUUAAACACACGCGAAGCUUCGAGUAUACAGAUAUAUAUAUAGGG